UUGAAAACCCGGAUCCUUGGAAAGCUGCGGCCUCAGCCUGGGAUCCCCCAGGGACUCCCCGGAACCGCCGCUUCCCCCAUGGACUUGCCUGGGAACUCCAGCUCUUCUCCACAGCCAAGCCUGUGCCGUCAGCCUCUAGCUCGAGCAUUAUGGGAAGCCAGGAGCCCGAAAAGACCGAGGCUGCAGCCUUUGGGGACCCCUUCAUCCCUGGAAAAGGCCUCUCGGAGGGUCCUGGCCGUGGUGCUGGAAGAUGUCAUGGCUACAAACAGGGUCCCCCUGACAUACACAGAGGACACUUCCAGCCCACGGAAUCACAGCCAUCAUCAGGACUCUGUCUGCACAGAGUCACCUGCUUUUCCACCCCAGCAGCUCAAGUGGCCCCUGCCAGCCAGGCCUCCUGACCCACUGCAUUUGUGCAGAGAACCCUUGAGUCGUAUCCGCCAGUCCUCACCCACCUUGAGAAUGAGAUCAAGGACAGCUCCUGGCCCAGAGGAGAGCCCUUCUCAAAAGACAGACCAGGUCCCCCAGCCCACCCUGGUGGUGGUACUGGAAGACAUUGCCAGUGCCAGACAACCAGCUGAGGGCUUUGCUGAAGAUCGGCCCAACCUCAUUGUCCCAGCACAAAGCACCUUCAGAAGCCUUAAUGGCCAGGAGAAGCACUGGCAUAGAAGAGACCUGGACUUGGAAGCACCCUCAACUCUCUCUUUGUCCCUUCACCCCAGAGCUGAGCCUAUGACAAAAGUUGGUCAGCCAAUGCCUUCACCCAGUGACCUAGAACCCCCAUGCCAACUGUCCACUCUACCUGCAGAUCCUCCAGAGAGCCCAGUACCAGAUCUUGCUCUGGAGACCCCACUGACCCCAACAUCGUCCAGCCUUUUACGCCCCCGUCUCAGUCCCUGGGGCUUGGCCCCUCUCUUCCGUUCUGUCCGAUCAAAGCUGGAGAGCUUUGCUGAUAUCUUCCUCACACCUAACAAAGCACCACAACCUCCACCCCCUUCACCUCCCAUGAAAUUGGAGUUGAAGAUUGCCAUCUCGGAGGCUGAGCAGUCCAGGGCUACUGAGAAAAUGACAUCUGUCAGCCCCCGGCCUCCUAUCCGCCAGUGGCGGACUCAGUGCAGUUCCCCAGCACCUGUCCCUAAGUUGUCUCUGGGACGAAGCUACUCCUGCCCUGAUCUAGGGCCCCCUGACACAGGUAGCUGGCCUCCUGCUCCAUCCCAGCCAAGCCAGUCCAGGCCCCGGAGACAUACUGUGGGUUGUGGGGAGAUGUCCCGGACCCCACCACCUCCUCGGCCCUGUCUCCGGAAAGAGGUCUUCCCUCUUGGAGGAGUCGGAGUCUCGCCUUCUCUCACUACAUCUUGCUCAGCCAAUGCCUCUACUUCCUUCUUCUGUGAGCCGGCAGAACCCAGAUUGGGUUCAAUGAAGGGGAAGGAGUUAAGAGCCUCAAAAGACAAGGUGUUUUCUGAUCCCGAGACCAAGACCAUGGGGAAAGUCUCUAGAUUCAGAAUACGGAGGACACCUGUCCGUCUCCAACCAAACCUUACACCAAUGGGGCUGCCUCGACCAAUAAGGUUGAAUAAAAAGGAGUUCACUCUGGAAGAAAUUUAUACCAAUAAGAAUUACCAAUCACCCACAGCCAGAAGGACCUUUGAGACCAUUUUUGAGGAACCACGGGAGCGCAAUGGAAUUCUGAUUUUUACCAGCUCUAGGAAGCUCCGAAGGGCAGUAGAAUUUCGGGACAGUAGUCUUCCUCGAUCCCGGCGACCAUCACGAGGGGUCCGCACUGCAGCAAGCAGAACCCUUACUCCCAACCUGGCACCCAGCCAGGAUGUGGGCUGUCUACUGCAAGAACGGCUGAAAGAGCUAGAUGCCUUGCUCCUGGAGGAGGAAAUAGACAGGGAACACCCUUGUCACCUCUAGGAGCUCCAACUGUUUGUCCAUCCGUCCUUUAGGGAGGGGAGAAAUCUCUGAAUCAAUUGUAUUUUUUUUCUCCAUAUUUCUAUAAAGUUUUCAAUAUAU